GUGUAUAUAUAUAUAUAUGUAUGUAUACAUGCGCGCGCAUGUGUGCGGUCCGUUAUUUUCCGGGUUGUGCUCGCAGUGAGCGGUAGCUGCUCCGCUCCAGCUGCCAGCUGACACUUGUACCGAGGAGGUGAGGUCAAAUUUGACUCGUCUCCCUCCCUCCUUCCCUCCCCUCUCUCCCCUCUAUCUCGGUGUCUGUCUCUCUGUCUGAGAGAGAGAGAGAGAGAGAGAGAGAGAGAGAGAGAGGCUGCUAACUAGCGCAGAAUCAUCAUCAUCAUCAUCAUGGCGGAUCAAGGCGAAUCUCCGGCUCCUGUCCUCCAACACCACCCGCAACCAGCGCUGACAACCAGCUGGCCAAUUAGCCGGGAGUCGUACGAGCUGCAGGAAGUCAUAGGCAGCGGGGCCACAGCUGUGGUGCAGGCAGCCCUCUGUACCCCCAGAAAGGAGCGCGUCGCCAUAAAGAGAAUAAACUUGGAAAAAUGCCAGACCAGCAUGGAUGAGCUAUUGAAAGAAAUCCAAGCAAUGAGCCAGUGCAACCAUCCCAAUGUUGUCACCUACUACACCUCCUUUGUAGUGAAGGAUGAACUUUGGUUGGUUAUGAAGCUUCUGAGUGGAGGCUCUAUGCUGGAUAUAAUUAAGCACACAAGCAAGGAGGAGGACAGAAAUCGAGCACUAGAUGAGCCUAUUAUUGCCACUAUAUUAAAAGAAGUCCUAGAGGGCCUGGACUAUCUGCACAGAAACGGACAGAUUCACCGGGACGUGAAAGCUGGCAACAUACUACUGGGAGAAGAUGGAUCAGUUCAGAUUGCAGAUUUUGGAGUAAGCGCAUUCCUAGCCACAGGGGGAGAUAUGACUAGAAACAAAGUACGAAAGACCUUUGUUGGCACGCCAUGCUGGAUGGCGCCGGAGGUGAUGGAACAGGUCCGAGGCUAUGAUUUCAAAGCAGAUAUCUGGAGUUUUGGAAUUACAGCCAUAGAGUUAGCAACAGGCUCUGCGCCCUAUCACCGCUACCCUCCUAUGAAGGUUUUAAUGCUUACCCUACAGAAUGAUCCACCCACUCUAGAGACGGGCGUAGAGGACAAAGAAGUGCUAAAAAAAUAUGGCAAAUCAUUUAGAAAGCUAAUAACUAUGUGCCUUCAGAAGGAUCCUGCCAAAAGGCCCACAGCCGCAGAGCUUUUGAAGUGUAAAUUCUUCCAAAAGGCAAAGAACAAAGAAUAUCUGGUUGAAAAGCUUUUAUGUCGUGCACCAAAGAUUUCCCAGAGAGCGAAGAAGGACCCCGAGAAGAACUGGGGGAGCCUUGGUUCUAUGUCAGGUUUGGAAAACAAACCCGACACCAACAGGAGGGUGAGGAGAGUCCCAGGCUCCAGCGGCCACCUGCACAAGACAGAGGAUGGGGACUGGGAGUGGAGCGACGACGAGCUGGACGAGGGCAGUGAGGAGGGCAAGGCAGCUGUGAAUCAGGGCAGGUCACGAAGGGUCAAAGAUGAGGCCAAAGAUAAUGAGGAGAAUGCCAACAAUGUCCCUUUUGAAGGGUUGUCUAUUCAGCAUCCCCAGGUUGAACCGUAUGAGGACACACCCUACAUUCAAGGCGCUGUGAACAUGGUACUACGGCUAAGGAACUCUAGAAAGGAGCUGAAUGACAUCCGGUUUGAAUUCACUCCUGGGCGAGACACCGCUGAUGGAGUUUCCCAGGAGCUGUUCUCGGCCGGCCUGGUCAAUGGACAUGAUGUUGUUGUUGUUGCUGCUAACCUUCAGAAGAUUGUAGAUGACCCAACUACCUACAAAGUGUUGACCUUUAAGCUGGCAUCCGGCUGCGACGACACGGAGAUCCCAGACGAGGGGAAGCUGAUCGGCUUUGCACAGCUAAGUGUUAGCUGAUGCCCUCUUCAUGCCUGAAGCAGGUGAGACAGGGGAGACAGUUCAGGGCAGACAGACAGAGGAACACACCAUCACUUCCUGCAACAUCUUUCCCAGCAUCUUCCCUAAAAAACUCACUCCCCCACCUCCUCCCUCAGUCCUUUUUCACCUUUCCCCUCCCCCUCCGUGGCCAAGCUCCCCCCACCGCCCUGCCUACACCUCCUUAGCACCGACUUUUCCUGCUCACUGUUCCCCGACCUUUAACCUUAAACAACAUUCCACCGCCCAGCGCACAGACCGGGAUCAGGAUACAGCCCAGGAACCUAAAGAUGUACUCAGGUGGUGACAUAAGGUGAUUAAGAUGUAGCUUUGAAUGUUUUAUUUAUUGUUUCUUUUUCUCAUUUUUUUUCGUUUUACACCAUAUUACCUUUGUGUUCAGCAAAGCUCUCAUUAUUUAUUGAAAUGAGAAGGUAUUUUUUAUUUCGUUCCUUUUGCCGUUUCGUUGCCACAGUGAAAACAAAUAUUUGCUUUGACUUGCAUCUCACAAACCCACACAUUUGUGACGUUUCCCUGAGGUCUUUGUCAGAAUGUAAGUUUAGUUAAUUUAUGGGUAAAAGCACAUUUUCUUAAUAACAUAAUGAAUGUCUAAAAAGAGAAAGAAUUGUAUUUAUGUUUCAAGGCCUGUUUUACAUUGAUAAGAAGGGAACCCUUUGCUUGAGUGUGCAGAAAACAAAAUGAGACCUGGAUGCUACUGUGUAUAAUUUGCUGCUCUUGACAGUGCUAAUGCUUCAAAAUGUUAGAGGUGCCUUGUUCAUUUUUCUGUGCCUAAGAAAGUAGUCAAUGAGUGAGACCACACAAAGAGCAGAACCUGCUGAUUACCAUUUCAUAAAUGUAUUACUAAUACAGCAAUGACUCAAUUCAAGUCAAGUAUCUUAAUGAGACAAGCUACAAUGCACUUUUGGGCUGAGUGUGUGCACCCGACAAGCAGAUGCUUAGCCCCCUGGAGACAAGUUAACUCGUGUGCUUUUGUCAGAUGAAAAAUAAAACAUUACAGAACCUGUAGUCAAUUAAUCGGCUCCGGUUGAUGUGUAUUCAGAAGCCAGGUUAAGAGACAAAACCACAACAGUUUAAUUUUCUUGCUCUGUUCUGCUGCACUACAAAACAUUCUUGUUUCCCCAGAAAAUAUAGUAGUUUCUAAAAAUGUACUGUAUGACAAUGCAUCUGAGGAUGAAACCAAAAGGCAACUAUCGAAAGGGUGAUGAGCCAUUUGUUUGUUCAAACAAAGUCCAGUAGUUCUAAAUAAUUUUUAAGUAUUGAAGUGGUAAAUAAUAACUUCUACUAAAUUCUUUAUUUUGAAGUAAUUUAUUGUUUUUUUUUUAUGUACAGUAUGUGUACCAUUUCAGCAUAUUACCCCUGUUCCCACUCUGUACUCAGCUGAUGUCAAGUUUCUGACGAGGAGCAACAAUAAAGAAUUGCUAUUAUUUA